AUCACAGCACUCGUACCAAGUCGCGCACAUUGUGCUACCGGAACCUGAGAGAGGGUCCCGAGCCAUAAUGACAGUUUGAAAUUAACAGCGAUUUGGAGGAAGGACAUACAAUUCUGUGAAACUGUGCACAUUUGGGAUUUGUAUUUACUGUGGUGUUGCUUGUUGUUCGUGUACGUGAGUUGUUUGCAGUGUUGAUACUUAGCCGGAACUCUCCCACCAGUGUCCAAAAUGGCGGAGGACUCGUUUGCUGGAUUAAGCGCGCAGGAGUUGCGAUACCUGGCCAUAGACAGAAAUAUAGUCAAUGAUCCAUCUUUACAAGCGGAGUGGUCAGCGAAAAAAUUAGUAUGGAUCCCCGACGAGGCCCAUGGAUUUGUAGCAGCCGUUGUAAAAUCAGAAAAAGGAGACCAGUUCGAAGUAGUGGUGGAAGAAACUGGGAAAAAAUCGCUCGUCCACAGAGAUGAUGUUCAGAAAAUGAACCCACCAAAAUUUAAUAAAGUCGAAGACAUGGCCGAAUUGACGUGUCUUAAUGAAGCAUCUGUACUUCACAAUUUGAAGGACAGGUAUUACUCAGGCUUGAUAUAUACAUACUCUGGACUUUUUUGUGUGGUUGUGAAUCCAUAUAAAAAACUGCCAAUCUAUACAGACAAAGUGAUAGAAUUGUACAAAGGGAAGAAGAGACAUGAAGUGCCCCCUCACGUUUUUGCUAUUGCUGACACAGCAUACAGGAGUAUGCUCCAAGAUCGGGAGGACCAGUCUAUUCUCUGCACUGGUGAAUCAGGAGCUGGUAAAACUGAAAACACAAAGAAAGUGAUCCAGUAUUUGGCCUAUGUUGCUGCAUCUAACCGCACCCAAAGGAGCUCCGUGUCCAACCUACAUGUGCCGAACAAAGAGUUCAACCUUGGGGAACUGGAGAACCAGCUGCUGCAGGCCAACCCCAUCCUUGAGGCUUUCGGCAAUGCCAAGACCAUCAAGAACGACAACUCUUCUCGAUUUGGCAAAUUCAUCAGAAUCAACUUUGAUUCAUCUGGUUACAUAUCCGGUGCCAACAUUGAAACAUACCUGCUGGAAAAGUCGAGAUCUGUGCGACAAGCUGAGAAUGAGAGGAGCUUCCAUAUGUUCUAUCAGUACCUCAAUGCAGCCACGCCUCAACAGAGGAAGGAGUUUCUGCUGGAGGACAUCAGGAACUACAGAUACCUCACUAAUGGCCACAUGCCUGUCGGCGGCAUUGAUGACGUCCUGGAGUUCCGCAGCACCGUUGAAGCCAUGACCAUUAUGGGCAUCAACGCAGAGGACCAGUCAGCUGUUUUCCGAGUGGUAUCUGCUGUGCUUCUGUUCGGCAACAUGCAGUUCAAGGCAGAGAGGAACUCUGACCAAGCCACCUUGCCUGAUAACACUGGUACUUCAGCUUUCUCCCCCCGCACCAUCAAGUCCAGACGUGCUGAUUACAUGUUCUACACGUCCUUACUUCAGGCGGGGGGGGACAUUUGGGGUCAGGAGCCGCCUAAAGACAAAGAUAAAAAAACAAAGAAAAAGAAGGCUUCGGCUUCCUCUCUUUCGGGGGAUGCUCCUAAACGGGCGAAGGGUACGGGGCCUCCGGCUCCUUCACCUGCCAUCCCCUCAACAUCACAGGCACCUUCCCCCCCUCCUGUCCCUGUUUCUAACCAGCUAACAAUUGAUUUACUUUCUGAUAUAUUGCAGAAGCAGAUGGAUUCGGUCCACACUCUCGUGGCUGACGCGAUGGCUGGCCUCCGACAGGAGAUUGGUGUCCGACCAGGUACGGGUGUGUGUGUCGGGUCUAUGGCGGGCAGUGCUCCCAACCUCAGCUUAGGCUCUGGUGUGGGGGUUUCUGUCGGGGUGCGCCGGCCCGAAGCCUCGCCUCGCUUGCUGGCCACCCUCCGCUGUAGUAAUCUGAUACCGGCCCGAGCCUUGGCUCGGAGCUCUCUGGAAACAGAGACCUCACUCAUUGAGGAUCGAUUCGAGGAGGCUAUGGAGGAGGAUGAGGGUCGGGAGGAGUUGGGUACGCCUUUGGUUUCGGCUGCGCCCCUGAGGCAGGUACGGGAGCCGCAUUGCUUCUGUCCUGCCCCAGGUAGUGGUCAGUACUGGCGCAUCUCGACCCUCAGGGAGUUUCGGCCCCAGGGAGGCUUUUGCUCCCACCAAGGUUCAAGGCCGCGGUGGUCCGCCCUCGAGAUGGACAACCAGACGGCAAUGACCUACAUCCUGAAGCAGGGCUGCACGGUUUCCGCCUCUUCUGCAGGAGGCAUGGCAGUUUCUGCUCUGGUGCCACCAGUUCGACAUACCGUCUCGUUAGAAGCCGGUUUAGCCGCCUACUAUCCGGGCUACUCCACGGCAAUCUCUGCCUUCCAUAUCCCUGCCGACGGUGCUCUCUUUGGGGCAGCACCUCUCCAAACAUUUUGUGUGUUUCAGAUGAACUCCUUUGAACAACUGUGCAUCAACUACACCAAUGAGAAACUGCAGCAGUUGUUCAACCACACCAUGUUCAUCCUGGAGCAGGAAGAGUACCAGAGAGAAGGCAUUGAGUGGAAGUUCAUUGACUUUGGUCUUGAUCUGCAGCCCACUAUUGACCUUCUGGAGAAGCCGAUGGGUAUCCUGGCUCUUUUGGAUGAAGAGUGUUGGUUCCCGAAGGCCACAGACAAGACGUUUGUUGAGAAACUGACUGCCCAGCACACUGGUCACCCGAAGUUCCACAAACCUGACUUCAGAGCAGAUGCUGACUUCUCCCUUGUUCACUAUGCUGGCAGAGUUGACUACCAGGCUGCCAACUGGCUUUUGAAGAACAUGGAUCCCCUCAAUGAAAAUGUGGUGUCAUUGAUGCAGGCUUCCUCUGAUAACUUUGUAACAUCAAUCUGGAAAGAUGCUGAGAUUGUUGGGAUGGGAGCAGCGGCUGCUGUGGACACCAUGUUUGGGUCUCGGACACGCAAGGGCAUGUUCCGUACCGUGGGUCAACUGUACAAGGAGCAGCUAGCCAAGCUCAUGGCCACCCUGAGAAACACCAACCCCAACUUUGUCAGAUGUAUCAUUCCCAAUCAUGAAAAGAAGGCUGGAAAGAUAGACUCUCCCCUUGUGCUGGAGCAGCUGAGAUGUAAUGGUGUCUUGGAGGGCAUCCGAAUCUGUCGUCAAGGUUUCCCCAACAGAAUCCUGUUCCAGGAGUUCCGACAGCGAUAUGAGAUCCUCACACCCAAUGCCAUCCCACGAGGAUUCAUGGAUGGCAAAAAGGCUGUGGAGAAAAUGAUCAGUGCCUUGGAGUUGGAUGGGAACUUGUUCCGUGUCGGUCAGAGUAAGAUCUUCUUCCGUGCUGGAGUGUUGGCUCACCUGGAGGAGGAGAGAGACCUCAAGCUCACAGACAUCAUUAUCCAGUUCCAGGCACUGGCCAGGGGACUUUUGGCCAGAAGAAACCACAUGAGACGUCUGCAGCAGAUCAAUGCUAUCCGUGUGAUUCAGAGAAACUGUGCUGCCUACCUCAAGCUGAGGAACUGGCAGUGGUGGAGACUUUUCACUAAGGUGAAGCCGCUGCUGCAGGUGACAGGGCAGGAAGAGAAACAGAAGGUGGUGGAGGAGGAGCUGAAGAAGGUCAAGGACAGUUUUGAUAAACAGAAGCAGGAUUAUGAUGAGGUCGAGCGUCGCUAUGCACAGAUCAUUGAGGAGAAGAACAUCCUGGCUGAACAGCUAGAGGCUGAGAGUGCCAUUUGUCAAGAGGCUGAAGAGGCACGAGCUCGGCUUGCUGCUCGGAAACAAGAACUGGAGGAUGUCUUGCAUGAUAUGGAGCUGCGUAUUGAAGAGGAGGAAGAUCGAUGCAAUGCUCUCGUGGAUGAGAAAAAGAAAUACAACCAGACGAUACAGGAUCUGGAAGAACAGCUGGAGGAAGAGGAACAGGCUCGGCAGAAACUGCAGUUGGAGAAGGUGACAAAUGAUUCCAAGGUGAAGAAGAUAGAGGAGGACAUGGCAGUAGCUGAGGACAUGAAUCAGAAACUGUUGAAGGAACGCAAACAGAUGGAAGAGCGUAUGAAUGACGUUCAAUCACAGAUGGUGGAAGAGGAGGAGAAGGCGAAGCAGCUGGGCAAGCUGAAGAACAAGUAUGAGGCCAUCAUUGCAGAUCUGGAGGAAAGGCUCCGCAAGGAGCAGCAGGCUCGCCAGGAGCUGGAGAAGAUCAGACGAAGGCUUGAGUCCGAGCUGAAUGACCUGCGUGACCAGCUGAAUGAGAAAAGGCAGCAGGUUGAGGAUUUGCAGACCCAGCUCAGCAGACGUGAGGAGGAGGUGCAGCAGGCCCUUCAGAAAACUGAUGAGGAGUCCAUAACAAGGUCGAACAUGAACAAGCAGAUCAGAGAAUAUCUGAACCAGGUUCAGGAACUGCAGGAGGACCUGGACUCUGAGAAGGAGAGCAGAAAUAAGGCAGAGAAACAGAAGAGGGACCUUAAUGAGGAACUGGAGGCUCUGAAGACAGAGUUUGAGGCCGAGUUGGACAGCACAGCAGCUGCUGUGGACUUAAGGAACAAGCGUGAGACUGAAAUCAAGGACCUGAAAAAGUUGUUGGACUUAACUCAGCGUCAGCAUGAGGAGGGCAUCCAGGACAUGAGGCAUAAGUACCAACAGCAGAUGGAGAACCUCAGCGAAGAGAUCGAGACAGUCAGGAAGGGCAAGAAUGUGAUGGAGAAGAGCAAGACGACUCUGGAAGCCGAGAACCAGGACCUUGCUAAUGACCUGAAGCAGGUCCAGAUGGCCAAGCAGGAGUCUGAGCGGAAGAGGAAGCAGGCUGAGCAGCAGCUGCAAGAGACCUCCAUUAAGCUGCAGGAGCUGGACCAGGGCCGAGGCGAGACUAUCGAGAAGGUGACGAAGCUGGCCACAGAACUAGACACCACCGGCCAGCAGCUGGAGCAGGCGGAGACCAAGGCUAUGCAGCUGAGCUCCAAGGUGUCCAGUCUGGAUGCCCAGUUGGCUGAUUCUCAGGAUCUAAUGCAAGAGGAGACUCGUCAAAAACUGUCUGCCCAAUCCAAAUUACGUCAGGCUAAUGAUGAGAUCGGCCAGCUUGCAGACAGACUUGAGGAGGAGGAGGAAUCUAAGAAGAAUCUGGAGAGGCAAUUGGGAGAAGCUAAUAACAAGAUGGUUGACAUGAAGAAGAAGUUUGAAAAUGAUACUGCUAAUGCUGAGGCCUUGGAGGAGGUGAGGAAGAAGGCUGCCCGUGACAUGGAUGCUCUACAGGCUCAACUUGAGGAGGCUCGCACACAGAAUGAGAGGCUGGACAAGUCCCGCAAGAAGCUGCAAGCUGAGGUGGAGGACCUGACAAUAGAGCGUGACAGUCAGAGGUCCACUACCAGUCAGAUGGAGAAGAAACAGCUCAAGUUUGACCAGAUGCUGAAUGAAGAGAAGGCUAUCUCAGAAAGACUUGCAGCUGAACGUGACGGCAUUGAGCCCGAGAGUCGGGAUAAGGAGACAAGGAUCUUGAACCUGAACCGGGACCUAGAAGAAUUGAGAGAGAGGCUAGAGUCUUCCGAGAGGCAGAAGCAACAACAGGCCAGGGAGCUUGACGAUCUCAUGUCCUCCAAGGAUGAUGUUGGCAAAAAUGUGCAUGACCUGGAGAAGGCCCGGCGGCAGCUGGAGCAACAGGUGGAUGAACAGAAGACUCAGAUUGAGGAGCUGGAAGAUGAGCUGCAGCUCUCAGAGGAUGCCAAACUCCGACUCGAGGUCAACAUGCAGGCCCUCAGAGCUCAGUAUGACCGCGACAUGCAGGGUCGGGAUGACCUGGUGGAUGACGCCAAGAAGUCUAUUCUUAAGCAGUUGCGAGAAAUGGAAGCCGAAUUGGAAGAUGAACGCAAACAGAGAUCGCUUGCCACAAGUGCUCGCAACAAGCUGAUGGGUGACCUGAAAGACCUUGAAGGUCAGUUAGAGAUGUCCAACAAGGUGAAGGAUGAUGCUGUGAAGCAAUACAAGCGGGCCCAGUCUCAGUCGAAGGAGUAUCUGCGUGAGCUGGAUGAGUUGCGGAUAUCCCGGGAAGAGAUGGCAAACAGCUUUAAGGACAAUGAGAGGAAGAUCAAGAACCUUGAGGCAGAGCUGCUGAAGGUGCAGGAGGAGUUAUCCAUGGCUGAAAGGGCAAGGAGGAACGCGGAGGGAGAGCGUGAUGAACUCGCAGAUGAACUCACAACACUAGCAAGUGGAAAGAAUGCAUUCCUUGAUGAGAAGCGUCGCCUGGAGGCUCGUAUCAGCGAGUUGGAGGACGAGCUGGAGGAUGAACAUGGCAAUGCAGAGAUAAUGACAGAUAAGGCCAGGAAGGCAACUAUGCAGAUGGAGCAGAUGAGUGCCGAUUUGUCAUCUGAGAAGACACUUUCCCUAAAAUUAGAGAACCAGAAGUCUGCCCUAGAGAGGAAUAACAAGGACAUGAGAGACAAGUUAGCAGAACUGGAGGGACAGAACCGGUCUAGAACCAAGGCUACUAUUGCUGCCCUUGAGAGCAAGAUAGUCAAUCUAGAGGAGCAGAUCGAAAUCGAAGCCAAGGAACGUGCAACAUUGGCGAGAUCAGGUCGGAAAUUGGAGAAGAAGCUGAAGGAGUUAGUGUUGCAGGCUGAAGACGAGAGGAGACAUGCUGACCAAUAUAAGGAACAGCUUGACAAGGUGAACAACCGAGUGAAGGCAUUGAAACGCCAGUUAGAUGAAACAGAAGAGGAGGUAGCACGUCUCAACUCUCAGAAACGUAAACUACAGAGAGAUAUCGAUGAGCAGAUGGAACAAAACGAAGUGGCAUCUCGAGAAAUCUCACAGUUAAGAAAAUUCAGGCCUUCCUCUCGAAGCACGACGACAGCCCGCCAGGUUAUUCAAUCAAUCAAGACUCAGGCAGCCGAGGAAGAAGAUGACGAUGAAUCAGAGCAGAAUCAGUCUGAAACCUGAGCUGACUCGUAUCCCAUGCAUAGUAUAUAUGAAUAUAUAUAUAUCCUAACUGUGCUGGUUACUAAGCCACCAGCCAUUCCAAUAGUUGUCCAUAUUAUGCAUUAUAUUAACUAUUGUAUCUCUACUUGAUAUAACAUGACAUUACCAUCAUAUACUGCUUUAAUAAUCAAGUUAAUCUUUUAAAUUGUCCAUUAUGCUUAUGUUAUGAUGCUGUUAUUUUCUGUCUGUACGUUCGAAGAGAUCAACAGAGAAUUUGUUUUAGAAUGGAAAAAACCAAUGAGAUAAUGUUUAAGUAGGUUUGAAUGUUUACUUUUUGGAGACGGCACAUGCAAACGUGGGCUUAUUUUCGAUGAGAUGUGGUAAUGAUUGUUAAUUUCAGACUUUAAUCAGAAUUGUACUAUAGUAUGGAGAAAUUUAUUGUUAUGGGUUUCUGUUACGGAUAUGGUGGCAUUUGAGAGAUAUCAAAUAGACCUUGUCAAGGCAUUGUUCAGACAUCCAGGAACGUAUGUGACCUGUUGGCACUCUAGUGUAGUUUCCAUCAAUAGCACAGCAAUAAGUCUACUUUUCUUCUGUUGCUUACUGAAUCGUCUGUUGGGACUGAUGAAUAAUUCAACAAUAUUCUUGUCAAAUUUCCAAACAAAUUACCAAUAUUUCAGUGGUAUGUGUCAGUGAAUCAUCAUGGUUUAAAACUUAUGAAUGAUUUGUUCAGUUACAGUUUGUAACGAAGUUUACUGUGUCAUUUUGACCUUUGUUGUACCAUUGUAUAUUUCCAUGAAAAGAUUCCAGGUUGCUGACAGUGGGUUUUUGUUGUCUUUACUGCGACAAUUUUUCAUGGAAUAGUGAUAAAGCAGUGUACUUACUUGAUGUUUACCCCUAGAAUGAAGACACAGGCUUCUGCUUACGUGAGCGUGGUGUCUGUGGCAGUGCCUCUUGCCCGAGAUAUAGAGAACCAUUUAUGUGCUUGAAAUGAAUCAGAUUGUGUAUUUUGCCCCAAGAGAGUUAUUGUCCAUGUGACUGUUUGAAAUAGUGAACUUUUUGUUCUGAUGGAAAACACUUUUUGAAUUUCAUAUGGGCUUUGCUUGCAACUAUUGAAUUUCACUUUAUAUUUAGGGAUGCAGUCUUUGUUUAGCUGUUUUGUUUUGGUACAAUGCUAUUUAUCAUAUCACUGUUUGUACAUUUCCAUGCAGUCUUUAUAUGACAAAUUGAUACAAGCCAUAAUCUUGACUGAACUAUCCUAAGGGACAGCUAGCCACCUCAAAAUAUAUAUCAUGAAAUAGACAAUAGAGCAAUGAUAGUUGUUACAACCAUUUGCAAAAACAUCAGUAUUUGAUAUAAACUUCAAAAUUGAAGAACAGAGGUACUUGUAUCUAAAACAUCCACUUUAUGUUGACGAGGAUAUUUUAUUGAUAUGGUAUCGGGGUUGCUCUGUAUCAGUUGCAAUCCCCAGUUUGAUGUGAACUUACCUCUGUGAAAGAACACAUACUGUUUUUUAGAUGUAGAUUAAAUAGUUGCUAAGCAUUUGUUGUGCACCCUCAGUGUCAAUAUAAGAUGACUAAUGUAAGAAUGGUAAUUUCAUUAACAUGGGGUGUCAGCUGGUUAAACAGGUGGGAGAUCUGGCUAUGGUUAGUCUUGUGCAGUGCUUGAAUAAUGUGUAAAUAACUUUUCUAUGUUUAAUUGUUCACUAACAGAGAACAGAUUUUAGAUGAAUAUUUUUGUACAUUCUACGCAAUCAUUUGACACCAGAUUUUUUCAGUGAAACACGCCUCUGCUGCCUUUGUUGUUUAGGAUAUAAUUAGGCCAAACAUAGAAAAUUUGUAAAAGUGUAGUUGUAAUGAAAUUAAUAAACGUGCAUACCAAUGGGAACAAAUUAUGUAUCAUAGCUGAUUGCCACCACAGCAGUGGUGGUUUGAAUGAGCAGGUACUCUUUUGAGUAUGCUGUUUUCAAGGGAUCAAAAUUCUUUUAUUAAGUGUUUCUAUUGAGCCAGUCAGCAGUUGAUUUAAUCUCAGUGAUAUAUGAUGUUAUGUACCAGUUUCCAGAUGGAUUUGAUAAGAUUGCUUGGCAUUGAAUACUAUGAUGUAUGCUUGGCUGAUACACAAAAAAAUCUUAAAUAAAAUAACUAUUGAAAAUG